AUGAAAGAUGAGAGAGUCAAGUUUGUCAAGAUUUUGUCAGAAGCUAGAAAGUCUGACUUUAAUGACAGAUUGAAGAAAUUUGAAGUACACAUGCAAGACGAAGCCAAGAAUCGGCUCAAGAAACGCAAGGAAAAACGUAAAAAAGAACGCCGAGAGAAGUUCUAUCGCGAGAAGGAGGAGGCAGAAAUACGGUUGAGGGAAGAGACGGAGAGAAAAGAAAUGGAAGAAAGAGAAGAAGCCGAACGAGUUGAACGUGAGAGACGUGAACAAGAGGCACGAGAGAGAACAGCGAAGCUGCAAGAACAGUUUGCUAAACAGAAGGCUCAUGAGAAAGAGAUUGAAGAGAAAGAAGCGCGAAGGAGAGAAGAACACCGCUGCCAUAUUAUUAUUAUUACUACUACAGCCCUUUAA